GGUUGGAGCCCUCCGGCGUAAGUGUAACAUCAUGUUCAAAUAAUUUGUUUUUCAAAAAGUAUAAUUCAUUGGCAAGUUAAAUAUGUUUUUUUUAUAUGUUAAAGUGCAGUUUACAGAUAUUGGUGCCCCAUUACAAUGGGAGCGAGAAUUAUCACUAACUGCCGAAUUCCACAGAAAAGACAGCAUAGAGACCGAAUAGACAUUCGCGUAAUAGAAACGUCUUAGAAACAAACAUUUCCACUUAUUCAUACUUAUGGACAUUUUAGAGUCGUUAAUGAACGUGCAUGUUUUGGUAUGUGUGAAGAGAUGUCGCCGUGGAAAAACAAUGCGAGCAGGAAAAAGAAGUUAAAUCAAAUGCCUCGAAUUUCGUUCAGCUCGGAGACGUGUUGCAACGUAAAAAGAGAAAGUUGACGAUAAGAAAAUGAAAGUCAUACAAAGAGCAAGACGAGUCGUAUCAAAGGGUUAAAAAAACGACAGAACUUGUCAUUACAUGUGUAUAGUUUUACUUUGAAGGUACUGGGAAAAAUUGGGACUUUUUCAAAGUUAUCCCCGUAAUUAUCCGUGGACAAAUUGAUGCAAAACACGCAUUUUUAUGUGCAUCAAUCGCAAAUAUUAGCAGAAGCAAUGAAAAAGAAAAAUCACACGAAUUGUAUCCGAGAUUGAAAAAAAUAAAAAAUAAAACAUCAUAAAAUUUUACUUUGACGGGACCGGAAGUGUCAUGAAUAAUUCCACGUUAUCCUAAGGGGGGAAUGUUGCAAAAGACGGCGAUUGUAAUUUGUGUCCCCAUCCCAAGUGCGGAUAUUUUGGGGAAAUAUUCACGCUUUUAACCAGCUAAAUUAUUUUAAAGCCAAAACAGCAUGUACUCCACCUACCCAACUCCUGCACCUCUGUUCAUGUCCCAUCAACACGCACGCACACACCCAAACGAAGCAGGUUGGAAGAAAAUGAGAAUAUAACAGUAACUGUGAAAGUCUUUGUUAAUAUAAACGAGUAACCACGCGAAGAUUUACGACACAGAAUUCAAUGAAUGACUCUUAGACGAUGAACUUUCUCCACUCAUACUUCUUACAACAAUAAUGAUAAAAAUGCUAUUUUACUAUAAAACUCUAAACAUGUUCAACUUUAAUUAUUAAUUCCAUACUCAAUUAAUCUGAUUUACUUUGAAGAUACCGGAUGUUAAUCCGUGAGUCACCCCGAAAUUCUUUGGGUCAUUGCAGGCAGAAAACUUUCCCAAAGUCCUUCACAUAUUCAUUAACGUCGAUUAUCACGACAGGAAGCUCGUUUCUGUUUCCACGGCAACGCGGCUUCGGCGUUUGUCCUCGUGUCUACGGGAAGGCGGAACCACAGAGAAACCACGGCUCCUCGAUUCGCGAUCCCCCCGUGGGAGUCCUUGAUGAUUCGGAGAUGGUAAGGAGAGCUCGCCUGGAGCAACCAUUUCAGGACGGAGUCUACUACCCCUACGGCAGUGACACCCAGGGGAAUCAUUCAUCAGCAGGGAUCCCAUCCCUGUUGAACUCUCCACUCAGCCAGCACUCUGUUAAGAUCCACUCUGCACCAGGCAUGGCUCCAUCCGGUGCGCCACCCACCAUUCUGCCUUUCAGGUUCCGCCAGCGUAGGGAGAGCGUAGACUGGCGGCGAAUUCACGCUGUAGAUAUUGAUCUGGUGAUUAGCCAGCUAGAUGUGGAUGUCCUCCAGGAGCACAUAAGCACCGUCACCUUCUGCAGCUUGGAUGGGGAGCAGUGUCAACGCUGUCAGAGCCCUGUGGACCGAGCGCUCAUCAAGAUCCUCCAGUUGGCCCAGCUCACAGUCGAAUGGCUCCUCCACUGUCAGGAAUGUCUCACGCUCAAUCUGCAAGCAGCGGAGGAGAGGCUGGCGAGCACCAACAUGCAGCAGGAGCAGCUACUGGCUCAGUUGAAGAAGCAGGAGGAGAGCAUGACGGCGAUGACGGCCGAGCUCAAGAACAGGAGGAAGAUCAUACGCAAACAGCAAACCCUAUUUGCCCCACAAAUCACCAACAGUCAAAAGUGCACAUUUUGUAAAAAGAAGUUCCUCACCACUUCAUUUCUUCAGAGUCACAUGCAGCGACGCCACCCUGAUGAGAAUGAUAUACAGUUACAAUCAAACAGUGAGGAGAAAUCUCAGAUCAAAACCCUGAAAUUGGAGAUGAGUAGUCUGAAGGAGCAGAUUGUUCAACAGCAACAAAAAUUGGAAUCCAAAACAGCUGAGAAUCAAAAGCUGCAGCGACACAUAGAAGAGGGCGAGCUACAGAUGCGAGAGAGUGAGAAGAAAUCUCAGAUUGAAAGCCUCAAAUUGGAGAUAAAAAAUUUGAAGGAUCUUAUUCAACACCAACACAUUAUACAAGCAAGAUCAGCAGAGGACGAAAAGCAGCAGUUCAAGGACAAAGACCUGCUAAAAGAACUUGAUCAUUUUAAAGCAGUGGAGAUGGUGCAGAUACAAGCCAUUCAAAAGCUGGAGCAUCAACAGAAGCAGCAGGACAAAAAAUGGGAGUCCAGGCUGGGGAAAAUCAAAACUCUUCAUGAGUCUGAAAAGAGCGAUUUGCAGAAAGAAUUGAGCAGAUUGCAGUCGACCAUGUUGGAGCACCAAGAGCACAGCAAGAGGCAGCUGCAGGAGAUGCGAAGGAAGCUGCAAGAGAAGGAGCAAACCAUCCAGGAUCAGAGGGAACAGAUACUGAAUACAUCUUCAAAUCCACCCGCUAAAGUACUGAAAGUACCAGUGUUCGUAAAUGCACCAGCUCCAGAGCCGAAACCAAAGAAAGUUGUACUUGAGGAGCUCAUCUCUCUUGCUCAGCUGGAUCCAAUUCAAGAGCUGUCAGAAGAGGAGGAAGACUUGACCACCAUCCCUGAGAAGAGGCCGGUGGAGAAAAAGCUUGAACCUCGUCCAGAGAAGAAACUCCGGGUGUCCAUCAAAAAGAACCCCAACAAGACUGAAAUCAAGCAACAUCUCGAGCAGCUUGUGAUGACGAAGCUGGAGAGACUGGGAGUGAAGCCAGAUCAGAGAAAACUGAAGACCAAAGAGCUCAGGUCCAUUCUUGCUAAUAUACACACAAAGCAACAGAGCCUUGCAAAGAAGUUUCCGGACUAUUGGCACCAUCGUGCGGACAUCACGAACACCUUGGAGCGGAAGUUGGGCUUGAAGAGGAAGGACAGCAAUCUCCAGUCUCCAGACAAAUCCAGACACUCUGUUCAGGUGUUGCAGAUGCGUCCUCGAUCCAGCAGUCUCCCCUCCAGAGCAUCGCGGGGCACUUCUGAAGCUUUUGCCCGACAAGCCAAGACCCCCCAACCUGCACCAAGAGUCAGGAUCUCAAUCCAACCAAAGACGUCGACACCCAGCCGCAAAGCUGUUCAACUCAAGACGCCGCCUUUCUGUUCUUUCGUGGAUUCAGAAGACGAGGAUACAGACAUGGAGGACACUGAGUCUCCUCAACACCAACGGGGCAAAACUUCACAAGCCAGAAUAAAUAAGGAGGAAGCAGUUCAAAUCAGUGCAAGAAAAUCCAAUUUGAUCCAGACGAGACCGGCUCCGACUGUGCUCGCAUCCUCCAAAAGCCAUCUCGCUGGUGACGCGACCAAGACAGCGGUCAUGAAAUUAGAGAAUGGCAAUGAUGACGAGGACGAUGAGGAUGAGUUGUCGGAUGUCAGUGAGCUGCAAGAGAUUGACUCCAGGCAGCUCCAGAGUUUCAAAGACCAGAAUGGCAAUGUGGAAAAGACAAACUUUGCGAAAGAAAACAAAGUCACUGACCUGGCCCGAAAAAUUGAGAGUCAGAUUGCAAAUAAAGCGACAAAGAAACCGGUCGGGGGCGUGAGCAUUUUGCCAAAGACCAAUGAUGAGGUUCAGGAAUUUUUGUCCUCAGAUCUGGAGGAGAGCAGCGAAGAUGGCGAUUCCUCUUUUGAGGAAGGACGAGGAAAGUUGAAACCACCUCGCAACUCUGGAACAACAAUGAGGAGCCAGGACUCAGUUAGCACGAGUGUGUGGGACUCCUCCACAGGAAAAGACACUUCCAUGGGAAAGGCUCCCAGAUCAGGUUUGACUGAAGCUGGAACUGGGAGCACCUUGAAGAGCAGUCUGUGUUACCUCAGCGACAUCUGUGACUCAGAGGAUUUUAACAAUUAGCACAAAUUACACUCCUGCUCAUCAGACAGUGGAAAAGCUUCUGGUAGACUGCAGAAGCAGCCGCAAACAAGAAACACGCCCCCUUGUGUAGGCUAUAGCCACACCUACAUCAGCGGGCAAACAAAACCUAGAACCUCAAGUCCAUACAUGGAAAACGAACUCAGCAAAACUGUAUAUGUUAGCAAGGCGUAGCAUUUUCAAUAUCACCUCAUCCCCGUGUAAACUCUUUUGUAUAUAUUUUCCAAUGUUCACUUUCAGAUUUUCAUAUAUCUGGUACACAUUCAGUGCUGAGCAAAAUUAUUAAACCACGUGUCAUAAAAUAUCAGGAGAAAAGCAAUAUUUUAGAAAUCUCUCAAAAGUAUGUUUACAGUGAAAACUAUGAUUUGAUUUUCUUUUUCAAACAGGAAUGAGUCGUUUAGUGACAUUCAACCACUCAAGCUAUUUAGUUCUGCUCAAGAACAAAUACUAAUGUGCGUUUCUGGUUUUUUCGCUUUCUUUGCAUAAAGCUAAGUUUCAGCUUAUUCGUGUAUAACUUUUUUGUAAUAUUCUAUCAUUAAUAAUUAUUUGUAAUGAUAUCGAUGAUAUUAUGAAACAUCCAAGUUACAGAGCUUCUGCAUACUGAUAAACCAUUACAAACAAAUAUUUAUCCCGUAAAUACCUCACACUGGGCAAUGUGUGGUGGUGUAAUACAGUUGUUGAGCACUUUGUGUGACAUCACUUGUUUAUCAUUCUUUAUUAAAUUAGUAUUUUUCUAUAGAAAAGUAUUUUUACAAUAUGCAUCGAUCGACUGAGGAGUACAUGUCUGUUAAGAAACCUAAAACUGUUACAAGAACUUUGGCUGUUGUUUUUCAUGUACCUUCCAUCUGCCAUGUUUUCUUGGCGCAAAGGCAAAACGUGUUUGAAUUCUCUGAUUGUUUGUUCCCCUUGUCUGUGCAGCUGAAUUUCCAACAAAGUUCAAUGUUCCCAAGCAGCUUGUGUUCUCACAUAAAGAUCCUUUUGGAAGGAA